GCCACAACGGGUCCUUGGCUUCAGGCUGAGGCUGUUCUCUUUGUCACUCAUCUGAGGUCUACUGCUACUCGCUUUGUGCUUUGUUCAUGGCCGCCGCCGCCGCGGUAGUGAAUGGAACUGCGUCCUCGAGCGACUGGGAGGGUCGCUACUACCAUGUCGACCAGAUCCUCGAUAGAUCGGGUCCUAGGACGGACCCUUCAUUCCUCGCUGGCGAUGAGGUGAAGGAAUUUCUGCGCGAGAAGUGCAAGAUUCUAGUCAUUGGUGCCGGUGGUCUGGGAUGCGAGAUCCUGGCCAACCUCGCGCUGUCUGGCUUCAAAGAUAUCCAUGUAAUAGACAUGGACACCAUCGACAUCAGUAAUCUCAACCGGCAGUUUCUCUUCAGGCAGAAGGAUGUCGGCAAGUCGAAGGCGAUCGUGGCGGCCGAAUUCAUCAUGAACCGUGUACCCGGUGUGAAGGUUACGCCUUACUUUGGCAAGAUACAGGACAAGGACGAGGACUAUUACAUGCAGUUCAACCUCAUUAUCUGCGGUCUCGACUCCGUGGAGGCGAGACGAUGGAUCAACGCCACUCUCGUAAACAUGGUCGACUCGGAUAAUCCGGAGAGCUUGAAGCCUCUCAUUGACGGUGGGACCGAAGGGUUCAAGGGCCAAGCUCGUGUUAUACUCCCCACAGUGACUUCCUGCUACGAAUGUUCCCUCGACAUGCUCAACAAGCCUACUGCAUUCCCCAUCUGCACUAUUGCCAAUACUCCCCGUCUCCCAGAACACUGCAUAGAGUGGGCAUCGGUAUUAGAAUGGCCCAAGGUACAUGGCGACAAGAAGCUAGAUACGGAUAACCCCGAGCAUAUCUCAUGGUUGUACCAAGUUGCCGCAGCACGUGCCAAGGAGUUCAAUAUUGAGGGCGUCACCUACUCGCUGACACAGGGUGUGGUGAAGAACAUCAUCCCUGCCAUCGCAUCCACAAACGCAAUCAUUGCGGCAUCCUGCUGUAAUGAGGCAUUCAAGAUUGCAACCAGCUCGGCGGCAUAUCUGAACAACUACUUCAUGCUUAUCGGUACCGAUGGUGUUUAUUCGUACACCUUUGAGCACGAGAAGCGUGACGACUGCCCUGUCUGCGGCGGCCAGUCUCUCGCGAUCACUGUUGGCAAGGAGUGGACAGUUGAACGUCUCAUCGAGAUACUCGUCGAGAGACAGGACAUCCAGGUCAAGAAACCGUCUCUUUCCACGCCAGGGAAGCAGAUAUACUUCCAGGCACCCCCGCAGCUCGAGCUUGCGACUCGUCCAAAUCUCGAGAAGAAGGUUUCGGACCUUGUUCCCGACGGCGGCGAGAUAACCGUCACGGCCACCACGCUUCCCUUUAAUUUGUCUCUUCGGGUAAAGUAUACCUAGACAUAGAGCUUUCCAUAGCUAUGCCAAUUGCUGUCGCUCAUCACAUUCAAUGUACAACGA